UUACAUCACAGAGAUACAUCGCUACUAUGUAUGGAUGAAUAACUACGAAUCCGGCCACCCACGACGAGACUGACGACCAUAAUACCUUCAAUCUUCAAUCAUGAACCAAAAAAAUGUCUCUCGAUCGUCGGGUGCGGAAGGAACUGGUGUGGCCUCUGAUCAAGAAGACAAGUUGGGCUGAGACAUUGUGCGUUGUGCUGGAGUACCAUUUUAACGAUAGCAAUUUACGACGCAAUGCCCAUGGUUUCGCAGCAGACUUGAGUUACCAGCAAGAGGCUGAGGAAGAUGGUGGGAAGAAUGAUAAUCAAGAGGCGGCUAUUAAGCAGGAGCGGGAGGAAGAAGAGCGACAUGUUGGGACUGGGAAGAUUGGAAAGAAGCAGAAGGAAGGUCAAGAUAAUAGAGGUCCCCUUGUUUCACGACUCGGAGAAGCUACGGGAGUCAACAUUGCAGAUCAUGGUAGUGAAGAUCGCGUAGAACUUGCACGCCUCGGAGAAACUGCAACAGGAGUCAAGAGUGCC